AUGUCAGGGAGCAGUGCAGCUUCCCACACAGGAAGCGUCACCAACUUCUCCACAGUGUCUGCCCCGACGGUCGGCUCAGCAUGGCUACUGUCAUCAGCUGCUGCCACCUCUUUCCAGCCACUCAGGGGCAGUGCCUACCUUUACCAACAACAUUCAGCCACAACCAUGCUCUCUGCAGUGCCUGCCCAGAGCCAGACCUCCAUGUCUGCUGCCUCCUACCCAGCUGCUCUACAAUGGCAUCUCACAGCAGGCACUGCACAGAACACCUCAGCACUCGGGCACUUCACUCAGGGCACUCGCACCAACCAGAACACAGCUGUUCCUUGCACACUGAUGACAGCCCCAUAUCACCAAACCACAGGUGCCAAUGCCACGGUCCCUCUCUUUCCAUCACUCAUUCCGGGCACAGCAGCUCACAUUCCUACUCAGCAGGGGCAUGGCUUGUCACUUCCAUACCUGCAAGCAAGCCAGAUCCAUGACCAUCAUCAAGCCACAGUAGGCUCUCUACUCUCGGCACAACCUGGCCCCUGCCUGCAAACCUAUGCCCCUGGGACACACACAGCAACUGUGGCCUCUGCACCUUACCCAGAAAUGGUGAUGGUGCUAAGGCAGAUUCAGCCAACUGAUGACACAACACCAGUCUCAACCUCUGCAACCUACUACUCUGCCUCGUCGCAACCUGCCACAAGAACAACAUUUCAAGACAGUCAUCUUCUGGCUUGCAGUGAUACUCCUCCUGGCCGAGAGGAGCAGCCUGGUCCCACCAUGGCUGACCUCCCACACAGCAGCCCAACUCCUGAUGGCCAACACAGAUCAGAAGGUGACACUCCAGCUAGCAAUGGCUUUGCAGACAUUCCUGCGCUGCUGCUGAAGAACAUCUGCCUGCCCAAAACCUUCAGUCCCUUGAUAGAUCUGGACCAACCCAAAGGCUCCGUGGAAAUCAGUGCCACGGAGCCUGCAGCCACCAAAGAGAGUGAGGUGCAGGACAGUGUCACAGACAUACACGCUCCUUCCAAUCAGCUCAGCACGAAGAAGAAGCACAAAGCCACAGAGCCUCUCCACGGUGCACCCAGGGCCAAGAUCCCGCCAAAGACCCCAGAGCACCUCAUAGAGGAGGGAGAAGUGGUCGAUUGCGACAAUGCAGACAGUCACAGCAGUCCUGUGAAAGAGGCCCAGCAAGCUACCAACAAGCCUCACAAACCUGCAUCCAGCAGAUCCAGGACAACCAAGAGCCAGCGCCAGGUGAAGGACACCACCACAAAAGGACAGGACACCAAGAGACCUGGGAACAGCAAGCACUCAGGUGAAAAAGGCAAGGCUCAAGACAAGCCACCCAUCCCCAAGACAUCGAGGAAGAGAAACCCACCGGCACUUACACAAGAGACCUUCCAAAAACCUCGCAGCCGCCUCGGCAUGCACAUGAUGGAGUCUGUGCAGGUGUUUCACGCACUGGGCAAGAAGACCGAGAAGAAAACGGGCCGCUCUCCGACCAGGAUGCUGGGAAGUUCCAGCCACAACAAAGACCCCUGUGCAGCCUCAGCGACAAAGCCAUGGCUGAAAACUGCCCAGGAAGGCAAAGGACCUGAGAAAGCUCCAGCCAAAGCCCAGAACCCGGACGAUGAAGCUGAGAAAGGCAACACGUCCCCAUCCGUCUAUGAGCUGCCACCACCAGGAAAAGUCAAGUUGAUUCCUCUGCCUUUCCCCACCGUCGAGAGGCCUCGGCCUCGACCUCGCCCUCGACCUGUUCAGCAAAGGCCACAGUCUCUUGCCUCCCAGAAGCCCACAGGGGCUACCCAUGACCAUGCCCAGCCUGCGUCCACUAACCCAGCUCAACCGACUCCUGACACUCCGGCUCCACCAACUGCUGCUGCCACAUCACCCGUAGCUUCUGUUACACCAGCUCAGCCCACUUCAACCAACGCAACCCGACCAGCUUUGAGCAACCCUCCCCAGCCUACCAUCCCUCCAUCAGUGGUGUCUAGGCCUGUGCCUCACCACACAGCAUCUUACACUUCGGUCAGGCCGCAGCCUAAUUCCACUGCUCUGCCCAAGCCACCACCCAUGCCUCAAAACCCUUUUCUCAUCCAGGAUUUCAGCCAACAACGAAGACCAUGGAGGAAACCUGAGAUGAUUGGGCCUUUAGUGUCAACUCCCAUCACUGAAGAGCAGAGGCCAGAGCGUGAGGCUAUGAAGAGGAGGGCUCAACUAGAGCGUGAGGAAGCUGCCAAAUACACCUCUUUUGGAAAGUUCCAAUAUUUCAUUGAGAGGGAAAAAGAGAUGGAUAUCUCUCUUUACUAUGGUUAUGUAACCAAGAGCUGUUUCCAAUGCUAG